GCCGCGGCGGCAGCAGCAGGAUGAACCCCAAUAUCACCUACGCCAGUCGCAAGCGGCGGAAACCCGUGCAGAAAAUAGUAAAGCCAUCCCCAUCUGAAGGAGCCAAGUCCAAUCCAUCCAAGAGACACAGAGACAGAUUGAAUGCAGAGUUAGAUCGCUUGGCUAGCCUCUUGCCUUUCCCACAAGAUGUUAUCGCCAAACUGGAUAAACUGUCUGUGCUUAGGCUUAGCGUGAGUUACCUGAGAGCCAAAAGCUUCUUUGAUGUUGCAUUAAAAUCUUCCAACUGUACCAGACCUGAGAUAAAUGGCAUUCAGGACAGCUGCAGAAUAACUAAGCCUGGAGAAGGCAUACAUCUACUAGAAGGAGAACUUUUAUUACAGGCAUUAAAUGGCUUUGUGCUGGUUGUUACAGCAGAUGCUCUAGUCUUUUAUGCCUCUUCAACCAUCCAGGACUAUCUGGGGUUCCAGCAAUCUGAUAUUAUACACCAGAGUGUAUUUGAAUUGAUUCAUACAGAAGACAGACCUGAGUUUCAGCGUCAGCUUCAUUGGGCGUUAAAACCUGUACAACCGACAGAUUCUGCACAGAGAACACAAGGAGAUAAUGCUUUUUCACAGCCAGCAGCCUAUUAUAAGCCAGAACAGCUUCCUCCAGAGAAUUCUUCCUUUAUGGAAAGAAAUUUUGUCUGCAGAUUACGGUGCCUUCUGGAUAAUUCAUCUGGGUUCUUGGCCAUGAAUUUUCAAGGGCGAUUAAAGUUUCUUCAUGGACAGAACAAGAAAGGGAAGGAUGGCUCUCCUGUCUCUCCUCAGCUGGCUUUAUUUGCAGUGGCUACCCCACUGCAGCCUCCAUCCAUCCUUGAGAUACGAACCAAAAACUUCAUUUUCAGAACCAAACACAAACUGGACUUCACACCUAUAGGCUGUGAUGCAAAAGGAAAAAUUGUGCUGGGAUACACUGAAGAAGAGCUGUGUAUGAGAGGAACAGGAUAUCAAUUUAUUCAUGCAGCUGAUAUGCUUUAUUGUGCUGAGAAUCAUAUCCGAAUGAUAAAAACUGGAGAGAGUGGCAUGACUGUGUUUAGACUUCUUACCAAAGAAAAGCGAUGGGCCUGGGUUCAAGCAAAUGCACGCCUGAUCUACAAAAACGGAAGACCUGAUUAUAUCAUUGCAACACAGAGACCUCUUACAGAAGAAGAAGGAUCAGAGCAUUUACGGAAGCGAAACAUGACAGUUCCUUUUAUGUUUGCAACUGGUGAGGCUGUGUUGUAUGAGUUAAACUUCCCUUUGCCUAGCCUAAUGGAUCCCUUGCAGACAAAGGUUAAAAGCACCCCUGGGACAGGACCUGCUGCCAAAGCUACACUACAUAAAGAAUAUGUUGAUCCAAACUCAAUUCUGGGUGCCAUGUUAAGGCAAGAUGAGUCUGUAUAUCUCUGUCCUCCCGCUUCAGAUAAACUUUCUUUCGAGAGAAACUUCUUUACGGACACCAGCGAUGAAUUGGGCAAUGUUCUUAGCAGUGACUGGCAGGAUAAUCUUUUACCAACCGGAAAUAACAACAUCUUGAAACAGGAGCAAACCAACUGUCCCCAGGAAAGUAACUUAAUGCUUACUGAAGACAGCACAGGGCUCUUUCAAGAUAAUAAAAAUAGUGACUUGUACAACAUCAUGAGAAGUCUGGGUAUUGACUUUGAAGAUAUAAAAUGUAUUCAGCAGGAUGAGGAGUUUUUUAAAACUGAAUUUUCUUGUGUGGAUGAUAUUGGAGACAUCGACAUAACUGAUGAAAUCCUGACCUAUGUUCAGGAUUCCCUAAAUAAUAAGCCUGACUUCUUGUAUUCAGGUUGCCAUCAGCAACAGACAACGUUUCAGAACUCUAGCUGUUUGGUACAGCAACAUUUGGAUAAGCAGCAACUUAAUCAGCAUCAAAACCAAGUGGCUGAGCAGCAUCAGCAGCAGUUAUGUCAGAAGAUGAAGCAUAUGCAAGUUGAUGGGAUGUUCACAAAUUGGAACUCUGGUAGUCAUGUGCCUUUUAGCUGUUCACAGCAACAGCCAGUGCAGUAUGUUUUUUCUGACAUGCCUGGCACUACUCAAGAGUUCGCUUACAAAUCAGAAGUCAACCCUGCACCUCAUGCAUGUAGGCAGGAGUUUAUGCCUUAUAAACAGCCCACAACCCUGGUGCCACAGCUCUCUAAUUUUACCCAAAUAGAUUUCCCAAUAGGAUGUUUUGACAGAUCAAACUAUCCUGGUUCUUCAAGCUUGGAGGAUUUUCUCAGUUGUUCACAAGAAGUCCCCGAGAAUCAAGAGCAUGGAAUAAACUCUCAGCCAGUUAUGGUAACUUCUCAAACAUGCUAUGCAGGUGCUGUGUCUAUGUACCAGUGUGUUCCUGAAACUCAACCCAACUCUGUGGAUCAAAUGCAAUAUAAUUCUGUGAUGAAAAGUCAACAACUAUUGUUAAAUAAGUUCCAAAAUGGUUUCGGUGGAAUAAGCUUAAAUGAAGCAUAUCCCUCUCAGUUAGAUGUCAUCAGUAACACACAGUCUGCCACGCACCUUCAGCCUCUUCAUCAUCCGACAGAAUCCAGACCUUUCUCAGAUUUGGCAUCCAGUGGAUUUAUGUAAUUCAGAGCCAAUAUACCAUCUCUGGUUUUUGAUGGAUAUCACUUUGGCCUGUGAAGGAGCGCUUGAUAAGGCUAUGGACACUGGGCUUUAAAGCCCCGAGUACAUUUUGAUAAGUUGAGGCUAGUUGCACUAUAUACCAAUAGGAUAUGUAAUCCAAAACCUGACUUUUUUUGGGUGGGAAUAGGAACUAUACUUUGACUGAAAGUGUGCAUGCGCUGUCAGUCAGAUUGAAAAUGUGUUGUUGCUGCAAUAUGGAUUAUGUACUACAUUCAUCACGUUGUAGAACAUAAGAUAAGGCAAAUGGUUUUAUUUAGAAAAUAAAUGGGCACUUUGACAACCUUACUUGUAAUGGCACAAAGGGGACGAUGUUUUCACUCUUGGAUUAUUGCCAGAUUUUAUUUUAUUUUUAAAUUAAAAUUUAAAAAGAAUGAUCUAAAAUUAAGAGCAUCAAAAGCACUUAUUUUUUACUGUAUACUAAGGUCUUUCCUUCAAUUAAUUAUUUGUUAUUAGCUCCUUUUGUUUUAAUUUCCAGUUCUAGCACUUUAAUCGAUGGAUUAAAACAAGGAUUCGAUAUACAAUUUUAGGUUUUAUAUAAACAAAUCCAUUGCAUUCCUCCUUUACUGUCAAUCUUAAGUGCCUCACAAUUUAGCUACCUUAUUUCUGAAAGGAAGCUUGUUUUAGAAAACAUUCACCAUAAAUUAGUCAUCGACAUUGUGUGAACUUUUAACUAACAUAUACAGUGAUAUUGGCUUUCUUUUUUCUAUAAAGUUUUUAGCAAUGGCUGUUUCGAAUUAGACUCAAUUCUGAGUCUGCAGAGUUGUAACACUUAUCUGGAGAUGUAAAUGUUUUACACAUAGUUCAAGUAAAAGCUUUUUGUUAUUCUGUACUUCAUGUCUGCUUGCUUCAGGUAAAACAGGGUAAAAACAACAGAGAUUUUGCAGGGGGGAGGAUUCCUCCAGAUUAGUUUCAGAUUUCAGUGCUGAAAAACAUGUGCCUUAUCUUGUGUUAAAACACUUGUAAUGUUCUUCAGAAAUAAAAGUACAAGGCUGCUCUAUGCAAAUACUUUCACUAAAAUGGAUAUUGAAAAGGGUUAACUUUUAAAUGAUGGGGGAAGAGCUGUCUCAAUGGUAAAUGGUAUUGAGGUUUACUUUUGUAAAAAAUUUCUUCACUGAUAGUCAAAGUUCGAUUGGCUGCAGUUUUUAACAUUGCAGGAGGGAAGAGAGGGUCUGCUAUUAUUAAAUGUUAUCCCUGAUAAAUUGCACUCUAAAGGAAAAGAAGUGAUCUUUUUUUUGUUUGUGAACCCACUUGAAAAGAUCUAUGUGCAAAAUAAAAAAUGAAAAAAAAAAUUAGUUCAAGUUCAGAGAGAUUAUCCUUGUAAUGAAAAGGAUUUUUAUAUAUUUGUUUUCAGAAAAGCUAAAAAUAUUGCUUUGGGUUUUUUUUAUUUGAAAGAACUGUUAGAAUUGUAGACACCAAUGUUUGGUGCAAAAUAGUAGCAUAAUGGAAAAAUACAGAAACAUGUAUAUGUUCAAAUUAUUGCAUACUCUUGUGUGCUGUAUAGUUCAUAUGUAAUAAAAUGUCUUUGUAAAAUA